CUGCAGUUACUUCCUUCGUGGGCUACAAAAGAUUUCCUACAGUGUCUUAUCCUGCAGUUACUCAAACACCAAUGCUUUACGUGGUUGUACGUUUGACCAACAAAAGGAAAGUACACGUCACCGGUCAAAAUGUACAACGAAAUCAGAGGCGAUGUAAACAAGUUCAAAUGUCGCGGAAAUAAUAAUAAAUGCUCUUAACCCAGUUUUGAUUUUGUUAGCGUCUGUAAAAACCAAAACCCUCUCUCUCUCUCUCUCUGUGUGUGAAAAUUACACUCACUGAAGGUGAUACCGAUCUGCCUGUUAGCGUUCAGGGGAGCAAGACAUUGGAGCCGCAUUAGUCUUCUCUUUUUUUCGUUGAGAAAUCGAAGGACAGUUUAGAAUUUUAAUUAGAUACACGAUGAAGAACCACGAGCGCAUGGCUAAUCUUGCUCUAGCAGGCUUGGCCCUAGCCCCACUUGUUGUGAAGAUAGACCCAAAUUUAAACGUCAUUUUGACGGCUUCUCUAACAGUCUACGUGGGCUGCUAUCGUUCCGUUAAGGCAACUCCACCAUCCGAGACAAUGUCUAACGAACACGCAAUGCGGUUCCCAUUGGUCGGGAGUGCGAUGUUGUUAUCUCUGUUUUUGCUUUUCAAAUUUAUGUCAAAAGAUUUGGUUAAUGCUGUACUCACGUCCUAUUUUUUUGUCCUCGGGAUCGCCGCUCUAUCAGCAACAUUAUUACCGGCAAUCGCAAGAUUUCUCCCCAAACCGUGGAAUGAUAAUCUCAUUAUUUGGCGUUUCCCGUAUAUCCGGUCUUUGGAGGUUGAAUUUACAAAAUCGCAGAUAAUUGCGGCGAUUCCCGGAACCUUCUUUUGUGCAUGGUACGCUACAAAGAAGCACUGGCUAGCUAACAAUAUCUUGGGGCUUGCUUUCUGCAUUCAGGGAAUCGAAAUGCUUUCACUUGGCUCCUUCAAGACCGGUGCAAUUCUCUUGAGCGGGCUUUUUGUAUACGACAUAUUUUGGGUCUUUUUUACCCCUGUGAUGGUUAGCGUUGCUAAAUCUUUUGAUGCUCCUAUAAAGCUUUUAUUCCCUACAUCAGAUUCUGCACGCCCGUUUUCGAUGUUAGGACUUGGUGAUAUAGUGAUUCCCGGAAUAUUUGUAGCUUUGGCAUUAAGAUACGAUGUUUCGAGAGGGAAAGAGAGCGGAUAUUUUAGGAGCGCCUUUUUAGGUUACAUAGUCGGUUUGGUCCUCACCAUUUUUGUAAUGAACUGGUUUCAAGCUGCACAGCCUGCACUGCUGUAUAUCGUUCCGGCAGUUACUGGAUUUUUGGCUGCACAUUGCUUAUGGAAUGGGGAAGUUAAACACUUGUUGGAGUUUGACGAAUCUAAAACAACUAGCUCUGAAGAAACCGUCGCAGACUCGAGCAAGAAAGAAGAAUGAGAGACUGAUUGGUAGAUACCUUUUAUUUAUUUAUUUAAGAACAUGUGAAUUUUUUUAGUAGUCAAACUAACUUAUUCACCACAGAUAUUGUUGUACCAGAUUUUGUUAAUUAAUUAGAAAACAUAUUAUUAUGACUUGAUUGUUUUUUCUAUGUAAUUAAUUAGCAGUU